AUGCUCGUUGGAGAAGACAUCAUGGUGAUAUUCUCAGGCUCAGUUGUCUCAUUUUUUGGUGUGGUUUUCUCAGAAGAUGUAUUAGUUGUUGGUUUGGCAGAAGAAGAUUUUGUAGAAGCCGGUUCUAUAUUCUUUGGUGAUUGUGAAUCUUUUGUGGGCAGUUCAAGAACAGAUUUUAAAGUAGUGGUUGAAACUGAAUUUGGUAUUGAAGAAGAAAUAAUCAGUGAGUUUCUUCUACUUUCAUUACUUCCACCGGAUGAACUUGAAAAUUUUCUUGAUAAUCUCUUGAAUAGUUUGGAUGGCGACAGCAAUAUACUUUCUGAAGUGGAAUAUCCUCCUUGUUUCAGUAGUGAUUUUUUAGAAGGCGGUUGA